AUGGCAUGGGCUGAGGCGCAAUAUAGCGAAUACACAGCGAACGAAAUUGAAGCAAGAAACACUGAUCCAGCAUGGGUCGAAGUUCGAGAUCAACAUAUAUCGUACCAAGGGGCCAAAGAAGUUGCUGAAGCACUGAAAAUAAAUUCAACGUUAACAAGUCUUGAUAUUGGAAAUAACAGUAUAUCGAAAGAAGGGGCCAAAGCAAUUGCAGAGUCAUUGAAGCUAAACACAACAAUAAAAACUGUUAAUAUUGGAAAUAACAAUAUGUCUGAUGAAGGGGCUAAAGCAAUUGCAGCAGCACUGGAAGUAAAUUCAACGAUAACAAUUCUUAAUAUUGAAAGGAAUAGUAGAUCAUCUAUGUGGGAUAGUAUAUCGUAUGACGGGGCCAAAGCAAUUGCAGGAGCACUGAAAGUAAAUUCAACAUUAACAACUCUUAAUAUUGAAGGGAACAAUAUAAGGAAAGAAGGGGCCACAGCAAUUGCAGACGCACUGAAAGUAAAUUCAACAUUAACAACUCUUAAUAUUAGACGUAAUAAUAUACCGGAUGACGGGGUCAAAGCAAUUGCAGAGUCAUUGAAGGUAAACACAACAUUAACAACUCUUAAUAUUGGAGAUAACGGUAUAUCGGAUGAAGGGGCCAACGCAAUUGCAGCAGCACUGAAAGUAAAUUCAACGAUAACAAGUCUUGAUAUUGACAAUAGCAGUACAUCGGAUGAAGGUACCAAAGCAAUUGCAGAAGCAUUGACAGUAAAUUCAACGAUAACAAGUCUUAAUAUUGGACGUAAUCAUAUAUCGGAUGAAGGGGCCAAAGCAAUUGCAGGAGCACUGAAAGUAAAUUCAACGAUAACAAGUCUUAAUAUUGGAUGGAAUGAUAUAUCGGAUGAAGGGGCCAAAGAAGUUGCAAAAGCAUUGACAGUAAAUUCAACGAUAACAAGUCUUAAUAUUGAAUGGAAUGAUAUAUCGGCUGAAGGGGCCAAAGAAGUUGCAAAAGCAUUGACAGUAAAUUCAACGAUAACAAGUCUUAAUAUUGGAGAUAACAGUAUAUCGAAAGAAGGGGCCAAAGAAGUGGCAAAAGCAUUGACAGUAAAUUCAACGAUAACAAGUCUUAAUAUUGGAUCGAAUGAUAUAUCGGAUGAAGGGGCCAAAGCAAUUGCGGCAGCACUGAAAGUAAAUUCAACGAUAACAAGUCUUGAUAUUGGAGGUAACGAGAUAUCGAAAGAAGGGGCCAACGCAAUUGCAGAGUCAUUGAAGGUAAACACAACAAUAACAACUGUUAAUAUUGGAUGGAAUAAUAUAUCGGAUGAAGGGGCCAACGCAAUUGCAGCAGCACUGAAAGUAAAUUCAACGAUAACAACUCUUAAGAUUGAAACGAAUAGUAUAUCGGAUGACGGGGCCAAAGCAAUUGCAGGAGCACUGAAAGUAAAUUCAACAAUAGCAAGUCUGUAUAUUAGCCGUAAUAAUAUAUCGGGUGAAGGGGCCAAAGCAAUUGCAGAAGCGUUGACAGUAAAUUCAACAUUAACAACUCUUGAUAUUGAAAGAAACGGUAUAUCGGAUGAAGGGACCAUGGCAAUUGCAGAAGCAUUGAAAGUGAAUUCAACAAUAACAACUCUUAAUAUUGAAAGGAAUAGUAUAUCAUCUAUAGGGAUCAAAGCAGUUGAAAAAGCACUGAAGAUUAAUAAAACAUUAGCAACACUUUAUAUUGAAGAUAACAGUAUAUCGAAUCAGUGGUCGAAAUCAGUUGGAGAAGGAUUGAAAAUGAACAGAACAUUAGCAAGUCUUGGUAAUGGAAAUAACAGUAUAUCGGAAGAAACGGCCAAAGCAGUUGAAGGACCAAUGAAAAUGAACUCAGGGUUAACAAGUGCUGACAUUCGAGCAACUGUGUAG